UCCAAAUAUCUCUUUGAUACUUGGAGUACCGAUAUAGAAAAAGGUUUUUAAAAAAAUGGGAAGCUUGAGUACGAUUCUAAGACACCCAGAUGAAAUAUAUCCACUCUUGAAGUUGAAGCUUGCGAUUACGAAAGCUCAGAAACAGAUCCCACUUGAUCCACACUUGACUUUCUGUUACUCAACUCUCAACAAAGUUUCUAAAACGUUUUCUCUUAUUAUUCAGCAACUAGGCACCGAGCUACGUGACGCUGUGUGUCUGUUCUACUUGAUUCUCCGAGCUCUUGAUACUGUUGAGGAUGACACAAGCAUUCCAACUGAGAUCAAGGUUCCAAUUCUUAUAGCUUUCCACCGCCACAUAUACGAUCGUGACUGGCAUUUUGUAUGUGGUGAGGAAAAGUACAAGGUUCUAAUGGAGCAAUUUCAUCAUGUGUCUGCAGCAUUUCUGGAGCUUGAAAAAGGAUAUCAAGAGAUUAUUGAAGAUAUAACUAAAAGAAUGGGUGCAGGAAUGGCCAAAUUCAUUUCCAAGGAGGUUUGUGAUACAUUAAAAUCUCGGGCAGGAAUAGAUGGCAUGGCUACUCCGGCGUGUCUUCUGGCAGGGAGGGGCGACGGCGACGGUCCCUCCGACCCGGGUCGGGGGAAGAAUCCGGUGGGUAAAGCCGCAAGGCAAUGUAGGGACUAG